UCCAGCAACGUUUGCGCUCAUUUCUCAAAAACUAUUCUAAAUAGAACGCAAACAGUUGAAUUUCGUGUCGCUUAGAGAUUUUCAAGUUUCCUUCGCACUUACAUAUAUACAUUGCGCUACAUAGUCGUGUUCCUAGUUUUAUAUCCUGCGUCUUUGCCUUUAUCAACUUUCGGUUUCGCGCCAUAUCGUCGAUCGUUGAACGUCGCUGAUCUCGCAGUUCAUUCCAAUAAGAAAAAAAUUACGAAUUUUUUUAAAUUUUACUCAACGUGAAACUUUUUUCAAAAAACCAGCAGCAUGUCAUCACGUGUCUUGGAAGACUCUCCAAAUGCUCAACUCGAUAAGACCAUUUUGGAACGUUAUCGCAAUUUACCAUUGAAGGAGAACAUUGUACAAGCCACAUAUGUGUGGAUCGAUGGCACUGGUCAAGAUCUGCGUUGUAAGGAUCGUACGUUAGAUUUCAUACCCAAUGAUCCAAAAGUUGGAUCUCUAGAAAUACAUCAUCAGUGAAUACCGCAGAAAGGCGGAACUAAGCGAAGCUGCUGGUGUUCACACCGAACGAAGCGAAGCGGUGCUUUUCUCAUGGACUCGGCUGCAAAGAUAUCAAAAAGCUUACCGUCAAUGAAAAGCGGCAAAAAUAUUUGCUAAAUUUUAUUCAAAAGAUUUGUGGUAAAAUUUCGUUUCUAUUUGAAUAUUUUAACAACUUGUUUGCAACACCGUCAUGAAACUGAAAAAUUAACAAGAAAAUUCAAAAUCAAAAACUGCUUGGCUUUCAGCUCCAAAACGCUUCUGAAAAGGCUUGCUGUAUGAGCACUUUCAUAUAGCUACAACAAUUUGAAAGCUUCAAUCAGCUCGGAACGGCUUCGCUCGGUUCGGCUACGCUUUCUGUGUGAACG